GUGACGGGAGAGAAAAUGACGUGAGCCUAGGUAGGCUGGCUCUUCUCAGGUGAGGAGAGGCGCGAAGCGAAGCUUCAACAAUUCCCAUGCUGCCUUCUGUCGCCUUGGAAGAAGAUGAGGCGGCUUUCCACACCUUGCCUGUGCUGGGGCGUCAUGCUGUCUGUUGGGACCCGCCGUCUCUCUUGUGGUGGUGGCGGUGGCACACACCUUUAAUCCCAGCACUCAAGAGGCACAGACAGGAGGAUCUCUGUGAGUUCGAGGACAGCCUACUCUUUAGAUUUUUUCCUGUAAUACAGUGGAUACAGUUUGUCACAGCUACUCUGAGUGUUAUAGGUUCAAGUUCGCUUAUCACUUAUGCUGUGUUCCAGAACCCACAGAUGUCUGCAGAGAUAAAACUACUCCUUUAUCUGAGCUUUUCUGACCUGCUCCUGGGAAUUUGCUGGCUUAUAAAAGCACUUCUCUAUGGAACUUCAGCACCCCACAAGGACAGCAUCUGCUAUAACCUACAGACUAUCGGGGAGAUACUAUUCAUCGCCUCACUCUUCUGCACCGUCAGUUACAUCUGGUAUCUGUACACAGAGCUGAGGAUGAAAGACAGCCAGAGUGGACGGAGCACAAGUGCACAGGUGAUGAGUCAUACUUGUCAAAGUAGUCACAUAGUGUUCAUCUUGUCAAGCCUGAUACCUCUGCUGUUGAUGACACCUGUAUUUUGUCUGGGCAAUGUGUAUGAAUGUUUCCACAACUUUAGCCAGAGCCACAGGUGUCUCCUAAUGCACUCGCCUCCGUCAGCCAUGAUCGAACCCCUGCCUUCCACCAACACAUCUGUCUGCAGUAUGCUCUAUUUUUAUGGUGUCACUGUUUUCCUGGCCAGCUUUUUCUUCAGCCUCCUCCUCAUCAUGGUCUUGCUCAUCCAUGCCCAGUCAUUGUAUAAGAAGCUUGUGAAAUCGACAGGCUUUCUGGAGAGUGAGCAGUGGACAGUGAUUUACAUUGUGGGCCAGCGAGUGCGCUUCUUCCCGGUGGCCUUUGUAUGCUCCUGGGGCCCAGCUGCCGCACUGUUGAUCAUAGAGCUGACCAAACCACAGGACACCUCCCUGCACAUGGCUUUCUCUGUGCUCCAGGCUCUCACAGCAGCAUCCCAGGGUCUGAUCAACUGCAUCAUAUAUGGCUGGACACAGUGCAAGUUCCAGCAGCUAAAGCGUGAACCUCGCCGUGAUGCAGAUACUCAGACUCCAUUGCUGUGCUCACAGAAGAGACUCUAUAACAGGAACCUAGACCCACUGGAGUUUUCUCUUGCUUUUGCUUCCAGCUCUUCCACUAUUCUUUGAAACUAUGGAACUGGAACAUCCCGGAAGUGAAUGUUUCAUGUGAGUGCGGGAAUCUGAACUUCAUGACUGUACAGCAAGCACUCUUUGUCCUAGAGAUGUCGCUCAUGUCUGUAAUGCUGACUUCUUAACUCAAGAUUCAAAGUUAGGCCUUCUUCCUUAUGAGGUACAGCCUUUACCACACAGCUACAGAACUGAACGUAAUAAAUACAUUACAAGGAACCCGAAGGCAUAUCUAAUGUUAAGAGUUUUAUUUAAAGACUCAUCCCUUGAAUAUAUUUUUGGGCAAGCCAGAACACUGA